AUGAAUUUCGCCUGUCCAAAAUUCGAAACAUGGCGGGUUCGAGUUAGAGAAAAUCUUGUAAGAAUCUAUUUGAAGUGGUUUGGUGCUGUUGAAGAAAGUACUUCUGAUUUCGUUCCUAUUCGAACAAAUGUUGAACAGUUUAAUGUAAAUACAGAUCUCAAUAAAAGGAAAAAACUUUCUGAUAAUUCAUGCUUGAUAGACUUCUUGAAAAACAACGCCAUUAGAUUACAUUUGGAAAACAGAAUAAGUUUCGAGGAAAAUCUGUGUUUUAUUGUGAAAAAUAUUUUAUCAUCACAUAGUAGUCAAAAAGAAAAGAAUGCAAGUGAUGUCGAUGAUGAAGUUUUAUCCUCUUGUUGCUUUAAAUGGAGAUGUUUUGGUAAAUAUUUUCGUUUUAUAUGGUGGAAUUGUUUAGAUAUGAUUUUCUUCACCAUCACACAGUAA